CUUCGAGUCUAGUCACUGCGCUUCGCAUAUCGCGAGUUCCACGGCGGCUUUUCCAGAUCACCCCGUAUUCGCGACGUUAAAUCGUACAUGGACGAAUGCCAUAAGCGGGAGAAGUCGGGCAUAGUGGCUUCUAAUCUGAUCCGCGCAGUCACGGCGGGUAUAAAUGAGAGAGCAAACAGCGUUUCUCGAUGCGCGAUUAAUCAGCGAUCAACGCCGGUUGAACUUCGAGCGGUAUUCGAAAGAAGACGAUGAUAUCGACCGUACGCUUCAAGGAGGCCUCCCACGUGUUUGAGGAAGACUGUCUAUGCGAAUAUAAUAGCAAUAAUGUGUUCUGGAAAAUCAUUAUCGUUUCAAGAACGUUCCCACGUUUCGCCCACGGAAGUCACUCUCGGUUGGCGUUUCUCACACCGUUCGUUCACACCAGCUAGAGUCCUUUGAAUAUUUCUCGGCGUGCGUACGUGUCCCGAUGACACCGAGAGGGUUGAAGUUCCGCCGAUGGUGGAAGAUACCGAGUGGCCAGUGCGGUCGCUCCGUUGUGGGCGUGGGCGUUCUCGCGCGGAUGGGAAAAUUGACGUUCGGCCGGUUCGACGCACGAGAACCACUGGCCAGGAAAAUGUGAACGUGGACACCCGGUUGUCCGGCGACGACGGUGUGUUCAGUGUCGUCAGUUCGAUCCGGUCAGUGGGCCAUUCAGCAUGAACAACGAGCGCAAGGAGGAUGGUUCCAUUUAUUCGGUCGGAAGCCACAAGAAUCUGGUGCCAAUAAGGUCCCGACAAAGCUACUUCAAGAAGCAGAUUCAGAUCUCCAACUUGACGGUGAUAAUUCUACUUUUCCUGGUGGUCUCCUUGCUGAUCACCGUCGUGGUGCUCGCGGUGCUCUAUGCGUUCGCCGGCAGGAUGAGGAUAUGCGACAACGAGGAUUGCGUGCGAGUAGCGGCUAGUUUGAAGGAGUCUAUGGACACCUCUGUAGAUCCUUGCGACGAUUUUUAUCAUUACGCGUGCGGCAGGUGGCCGGAGGAGCAUCCCAUUCCGGACUCCAGUAUGACGAACACGUGGUUCCACGAACGCGCCGAUCGCGUGUCCAGGAAGAUCCGGGAAUUGCUGCAGAUGAACGUGUCCGCCAGCGAGUACCCGUGGGCGGUGUGGCAGGCGAAGACGCUGUUCACCAGCUGCAUGGACGUGCAGGCGAUGGACGAGCUGGGCUUGUCGCCACUGUUCGACCUGCUGACGUUGCUGGAUAUACCACUGAUACCGGCGAUGCUCAGCAAUAAGACGGGCGACUACGUCGAGCAAAUGGCCAACCUGAAGAGAAUUCUGGGCCGCGACAUUUUCUUCGGUCUCGAGGUCAUGCCCGAUCCCAGGAAUAAGAGCAGAAACGUGAUCUUCCUCGACACUCCAGACACGACCAGCCCCUUCCCGACCAAUAAAGAACUCGAGAAACGGCUGCAGACCGUCAAAUUGCGAUUGAGAAAACUGGAAGACAUGGACGAUGAAUCGACGUUCACCGAGGACGAGGAGGCCGAAUUAGCCUACAUAAGAGAAGUUAUCAAGCUAGUCAUCAGCAACGACACCAUGGACGCUUGCAUCGCGGAGGAUAACACUACCAUGUUCUCGAAGGAGCUCGACGUCCUUAUCGAGGAUCUCUACGAAAUUAGUAGCACGAUAUAUUACAUGGUUAGCAUUAAUCAGAAUUACAGCAUUUCCGAGGAUAACCUGAGCGACGAGGAUUAUAUGCUGGUGGACGAUCUGCAACGUUUGACGGACGAGUAUGUGAUGAGCGUUAACUUGAGUCUGACACCCAAACCAAUCUGGCGACCCUUCAUCGAGUCUGUUUUCAAGGGAAUAACUUCGCUGGAUCUCGACAAGAAGGACAGAGUUCUUGUCGGCAAUCUGGAAUUCUUGAAGGACGCUGCGUUGAUAUUCGCCGCUGGCGAAGAGCGAGAACUCGAAACUUGCAUCUGGUGGGUAGUCGUGGACAUGGUGGUGCCCCAUUGUUCUGAAAAGCUGAGGAACGUCUGGAUGACGUAUGUUCACAAGGUGACGGAUAUAGAAGUGGCCGAGUCCAAAUCUCUGUGCUGCGCAUCGGAUGUGAAUCAACUCAUGGGAAUAGCGGUGUCUCGGCUGUUCAUAGAUCCGACAUUUCACAAUAAUAAGGCUCGCAAAGUAUUCGAGAUGUUGGAGGAUAUACGAGAGGCGUUCGUCUCGUUGGUCAGCGGGACGGACUGGAUGGACACGCAGACGAAAACCGUGACGCUCGAGAAGAGCAGGAAGAUGACGUCCGAAAUCGGAUUUCCUGAGUGGCUUUUCGACGAGAAGAAGCUCAAUGAGUACUACAAGGGCAUAGACUUUUCGGAGACAAGGUACCUGGAGAAUAUGGUGCAGAUCGUGGAACUGGCGUGGAACAAUACGUUAUCGUCGCUGCACGAGGUUAAUUUGGGCAACGAAACGUUCUGGGUGAUUUAUCCUACCAGCGUUAAUGCCUACCAUGCUUUUCAAGACAAUCAAAUCACCGUGCCUGCCGGAAUCCUGCAAUUCCCGUUCUAUGAAUUGGGUCUCGAGGCGCUGAAUUAUGGCGCCAUUGGCUCCAUCCUCGGCCACGAGUUGACCCAUGGAUUCGACAACAGUGGCCGACACUAUGACAGCGACGGGAACGUGCGGCAGUGGUGGAGCAACGAGACCAUCACGGAGUAUACCGAGCGGACGCGAUGCUUCAUAGAUCAUUACAACACGUAUUAUGAGGAUGAGGUUGACGAUUACAUCGACGGCAAGCUGACCUUGGACGAGAACAUCGCCGAUAAUGGCGGCCUCCGCGAGGCCGUCAUCGCUUACAAGAGAUGGAAGGCCAGACACGGUCGGGAGCCCCUUCUUCCGGGUUUCACAGAGCUCACGCACGAGCAGCUGUUCUUCCUCGGCUACGCGCACUUGUGGUGCGAGUCUUACACGGCCACUUCGCUCAAAUGGAUGCUGGAGGACUCGCAUUGUCCUGGCCACGUGAGACUUCAAGCGGUGCUAAGGAACUCUAAAGAGUUCAGCGACGCGUGGAAGUGCCCGGUGGGGUCGAACAUGAACCCGCAGAAGAAAUGUCACAUAUGGUAGACGGCUGCUUCGAUCGAGGAGAGACAGUUCGACGUUUCGGCACAACGAAGCUACGUCGCUGUUGCUCGCUCGUCGCUGGAAACUCACGACGACGUUGGGUGUUAAUCGACGAGAAAAUCUUGGUUGAAACAAUCGGCGAGUCGAAAUUAACCAGUCAUGAUACAUGCAAUUAUGAGUGCUUCGGUCGAUCGAUUAAAUUAAUUAUUAAUCGGUGCGCAAGCAAAUCAAUCAAAUCGAAGUAACGAUUGAAGCAAUCGUCACGUGUAAUGCACGAUUUACUCGAUGUUAAUUUUCUUUAUUUCAUUUCGGUAGUCAAGCAGAAUUUUCAGUCGACUUUAGCCAACGAAAGUUUUACGCGUAAAAUCCGAAUAUUCGCGGGAAAUAUGGAUGUUCGCGCGUGAGACUGACCUUAGGAACCAAAUUUCUCUAGUCAAAUUUGUAUGUCUGUGAUUAGCUUCAAUUAAAAAUGUUAAGUCGAUUGACUCGACUCACCUUGAAAUUCGACGAGACACGCGGAGACCUCGAAGAGAUCUCCCAAUCGGGGAAUUUCUUAAAUUUCUCAGGAUGAAAUUUAUGCGAUAGUACGAAUAUUACCGCUCGGAGUCGCAAGAAUGAAUGUUUAACUUUAAUUUAGAGUGGAUUCUCGGAGUCGGAGAGGAAGAGAAAGACAGAAGCUCACUCUUCAACUUGAAUAGACAAGUAGAUAAUUCCAAGAUGAAUGAAAACAUUUGAGUGGAAACAUUCACUCAAAUAAAAACUUCGAGCGGAGGAAAUUCACUCUGCACGUGUAAAAAUUAACUCGAAUUCAAGUGAUUUGGCUGUCACUUUAUUUUCCGAGCAGAAUUUCACUCGAAGAAAUUUAGAGAGAAUGAGGGAGAGGAACGCUCGAAUGGCAAACGAACUUUUAACACGUUCAUUGUCGGUCACGCGAUAUCGCGCGUGGCGGCCUCUCACCAAACGGCCGUUUAUGCGAUUAUUUUUUAUUAUGAGUGACAAACCAGGACCCUCGAAAAGACUCAGUUCAAUGCCAGUUCAAUCGUGCAAAAAAACGACUAAAAAUAAAUAAAAGAAAAAAUAACUUUGGCCGCCACACGAAAUUCAAAUUUUCAGUCUGACAAUGAACGUGUUAAAGGACCUUCGCGCACAAGCUGCGCGACAGCUGACAUUAUUGUUAUCGAGCGAUCGCCGCGCGAUCGACGGAACUGGAUAUUGAAUAAUAUUUUCCGCACCGACACACACGCUCUAAAUCCAAGUGCGUGUUAUUUUGGCUGGAGCUCUCUUUUCACGUUCCCCACCGAUUGCUUCGAAAACGAUCUCUUGCGAGGUUAAAUUAAGUUUACUACACAUACUAUUACUACUAUUAAAAGCUACCGUUUAUUACAUUAAAUUGUGUUAAAUUGUAAUCUCCACGAGAGAACCUCCAGCCAAAUCACACGCUCACGCGUGCGAAAGCAACACACUUGGACUUGCAGUGCAUCGAGAGAUGAGAUGGCGCACCCCGUCCAAGAGAAACCCAAGAGCGGUUCCGAUGAUGUUUGUAAUAAAAGAACUUUAUUUACGUACAAAAAA